UUCCUGCUCGUCGUCCCUCUCGCCGGUGCGAUGGCCCAGCCGCAGACGGACAGCGAGAAGCGGAAGCAGAUCAGCGUGCGCGGCCUGGCGGGGCUGGGGGACGUGGGCGAGGUGCGGAAGAGCUUCAACCGGCACCUGCACUUCACACUGGUCAAGGACCGCAACGUGGCCACGCCCCGCGACUACUACCUGGCGCUGGCACACACGGUGCGCGACCACCUGGUGGGCCGCUGGAUCCGCACGCAGCAGCACUACUACGAAUGCGACCCCAAGCGCAUCUAUUACCUUUCCCUGGAAUUCUACAUGGGCCGCACGCUGCAGAACACCAUGGUGAAUCUGGGCCUUCAGAAUGCAUGCGAUGAAGCAGUUUACCAGCUGGGAUUGGACUUGGAAGAAUUGGAGGAAAUCGAGGAGGAUGCUGGCCUGGGGAACGGAGGCCUCGGGAGACUAGCAGCUUGCUUCCUCGACUCCAUGGCCACCCUAGGCCUGGCAGCCUAUGGCUAUGGGAUCCGCUACGAGUUUGGGAUUUUCAAUCAGAAGAUCGUGAAUGGUUGGCAGGUGGAGGAGGCAGAUGACUGGCUGCGGUACGGGAACCCCUGGGAGAAGGCCCGGCCUGAGUACACGAUCCCAGUGCAUUUCUACGGGCGAGUGCAGCACACGGCCGAUGGCGUGCAGUGGCUGGACACGCAGGUGGUCCUGGCCAUGCCCUAUGACACCCCGGUGCCAGGCUACAAGAACAACACCGUCAACACCAUGCGGCUGUGGUCGGCAAAGGCGCCCAAGGACUUCAAGCUGCAAGACUUCAACGUGGGCGGCUAUGUGGAGGCCGUCCUGGACAGGAACCUGGCUGAGAAUAUCUCCAGAGUCCUGUACCCCAACGACAACUUUUUCGAGGGCAAGGAGCUGCGCCUGAAGCAGGAGUACUUUGUGGUGGCUGCUACGCUCCAGGACAUCAUCCGCCGCUUUAAGUCCUCCAAGUUUGGCUGCCGGGAUCCAGUGCGAACCUGCUUCGAGACAUUCCCGGACAAGGUUGCCAUCCAGCUGAAUGACACCCACCCGGCCCUCGCCAUCCCUGAGCUCAUGCGGAUCCUGGUGGACGUGGAGAAAGUGGACUGGGACAAGGCCUGGGAGAUCACAAAGAAGACGUGUGCAUAUACCAACCACACCGUGCUGCCGGAGGCCUUGGAGCGCUGGCCCGUGUCCAUGUUGGAGGACCUGCUGCCGCGGCACCUGGAGAUCAUCUACGCCCUCAACCAGAGGCACCUGGAUCAUGUGGCCGCCCUUUUCCCCGGGGACGUGGCGCGCCUGCGGCGGAUGUCUCUCAUCGAGGAGGGCACCUGCAAGCGCGUCAACAUGGCCCACCUGUGCGUGCUCGGCUCACACGCCGUCAACGGCGUGGCACGGCUGCACUCGGACAUCGUGAAGCAGUCGGUCUUCAAGGAUUUCCAUGAGCUGGAGCCGGAGAAGUUCCAGAACAAGACGAACGGCAUCACCCCGCGGCGCUGGCUGCUGCUGUGUAACCCAGGACUGGCCGAGACCAUCAUGGAGAGGAUUGGGGACGGCUUCCUGACGGACCUGAGCCAGCUGAGGAGAUUGCUGCCACUGGUCAGCGAUGAGGCCUUCGUCAGGGCCGUGGCCAGAGUCAAGCAGGAGAACAAGCUGAAGUUCUCCGCCUUCCUGGAGAAGGAGUACGGGGUGAAGGUCAACCCUGCCUCCAUGUUCGACGUCCACGUGAAGAGGAUCCACGAGUACAAGAGGCAGCUGCUGAACUGCCUGCACAUCAUCACACUGUACAACCGAAUCAAGCAGGAGCCGACCAAGGCCUUCGUGCCCCGGACCGUCAUGAUCGGGGGCAAGGCAGCCCCCGGCUACCACAUGGCCAAGAUGAUCAUCAAGCUGGUCACCUCCAUCAGUGAUAUUGUUAACCAUGACCCCGUCGUGGGCGACCGGCUCAAAGUGAUCUUCCUAGAGAACUACCGAGUGUCGCUGGCCGAGAAAGUGAUCCCCGCGGCCGAUCUGUCGCAGCAGAUCUCCACCGCGGGCACCGAGGCCUCAGGCACCGGCAACAUGAAGUUCAUGCUCAACGGGGCCCUGACCAUUGGCACCAUGGAUGGGGCCAACGUGGAGAUGGCCGAGGAGGCUGGCCUGGACAACCUCUUCAUCUUUGGCCUGCGGGUGGAGGAGGUUGGGGAGCUGGACCGGAGAGGGUACAACGCCCGGGAGUACUACGAGCGCCUGCCGGAGCUCAGGCAGGCCGUGGACCAGAUCGGUGGGGGCUGCUUCUCCCCCGCAGACCCUGGCUGCUUCAGGGGUGUUGUGGACAUGCUGCUGCACCAUGACAGGUUCAAGGUAUUUGCAGAUUAUGAAGCGUACAUGGCAUGCCAGGCCCAGGUGGACCAGCUGUACCAGAACCCCAUGGAGUGGACAAGGAAGGUCAUCAAAAACAUCGCCUGCUCAGGCAAAUUCUCUAGUGACCGCACCAUCUCUGAAUAUGCCCGAGAGAUCUGGGGCGUGGAACCGUCCGACAUGCAGAUCCCAGCCCCAGACCUCCCCAGGGACUAGCUGCCCAGUUCUCUA